AUACAAUAUUGUAAACAAAACUUUGAUAGAUGGCUAAACCACCAGAGAUACCCUAAUGGCCACAAUGUUUUGGCUAUCAACUCUUUAUUCUCUGAUAACAUCUGAUACAAUCACUACGGUCCUUCUUGGAAAAAGAGGCACAAAUACAUUUCUGGCACAUAUUUUAAAAAACUAUUACAGGUCACAAUUUUCUUUACUUUGUGCUUUAUGGUGUUAUGCUCAGAGAACCAAAUACUGUAUAAUAAAUUGAUUUUGAAGUAUUUAAAGUGGAACUGACAGCAUUUUAACUACUUUGCAGAUAUGAAACAAAUGGGCAAUCAUAAUAUCAGUAAAACAUCAAAUUCCCAGUUUAUGCUUCAAAACCAACUUUAUAAGAGGUUUUAAAAAAUAGCUUCUAUUUGACUCAAAAUUCCAUGAAGUAAAGGAAGGCAUUGUUGGGAGAAUAGAUGGAUGCAGUUCAAUGCAUGAUUCAUAUAAUUCACCAAUACAUUUAUUGGUAGUCCAAAAAAUGGUGCUAUCAGGUUGUAAAUCACAGCUGGCCUGGUACAUUGUUUGCUGCUGCCAUUCAUUCGGGAUGCACCGUUUCAGUUUCAAUAACUUAAUAUUUUGAACAAGAACAGACGACUUUAACUAAUGCUGGGAAUGUCAAUGCAAUGAAACUAUAAGGUGUUCACCCAUAAAAUGUAUGUUUCAUUCAAUGAAAAACAACCUAUAGCUAAGUUAUUGUUAUUUAGAGUUAUUAAAUACUUUUUGAUUAGGGUCGCAGCAUAUUAUGCACAUCUGCAAGCGUAGCAGCAAAGGCUGGACAAACGAUUUAUCUAUUUUGUUUUAAAACGUUAAGAUGCUAUAUACAGCAUAUGUACAUAAGUGGACAUUAUAAAGGGCCAUAUUUUUUCAAAUAAAACAAUGGCCCGUUUGAGUCGCAGUUGCACGUCUUUUUGUAAAAACAAAUCGCCUAUGUCGGGCGAGUUCGUUGGGUAAUUCAAAACUUCUGUACACUGUAAUGCAUGAUUGUACACUUGGGAUUCGAUUGUGGGUGUACUAAUGCGUUGGUUCUAUUUUGUUUUGUUUUACUAUAACCUUAAAAUGGUGACGAUGUAGGUUGUGUAGCGGUUAGGGGUUAUGGUGUGAAGGUUUGGCAAGGAGAGGUUUUUGUGCCUAGUCACAGACAGCUGUUCUGUUGUGUACUGAAGUCCACAAGUGAAGGGAAGAAGGAAGGGCUUGUAGAUUCGAGAAGGAAUUUUACAACAAGUAAAGUGAUAAUGCUCUAUGUGGCUGCUAUGAAAUUGAACUGUGUGUGUGGGUGAUCAGGGGUGUAUUCAUUCUGACGAUUCUUUGGAAAAGAAAUUCUUAAACAGAACGAAAUGGGGCGGGACCUACCUGAAUUUGUCCAAUAGAAACUCUUGAAACGUUUUGCAACUGUUUGUACUAAAGAUUACACACCAUAUCAGCUAGAUGCAGGCAAGAGUGUGCAAGGCAGUAUUGAAUGGUGUCUCUGUCACCUUUAUUACUCCAAUUUGUCUCUCGACCUGUGCACCUACAGUAUACAUUUUCAUUGCUAGGCUAUAGGUUGUAGCAAUCUCUUGAUUGGUAUAGGGCAAAUUUGAGUAACAUGUAGUAGCCUAAACCUAUUGAUGUUACAUUGAGCUGGGUGAAUGGGAAUAUGAAUGACAGUUAUCCAAUAUGCUGUAAUAGAAAUAAGGCCAUGGUUAUAGAACAAAAUCCUCCAUAAUCUUGAACGGCACAAACCGGCACUGCUGCGUAUAUAGUGUGAAGUGGGUCCUCAUUUAGUAGUUGCAUUGUGCUGCAGUGCGGUAUGGUAAGGCACCUUUUAAAGUGUGUGAAAUCUUAGUAUUUUACUGUCAGCCAUUGUUGCUGUUAAUGCUCAUUCAGACCACCAGAGAGCAUUUUUGAGCACAUCUACUCCAGCCUGAAAGAAAUACUGCGGACCUACAGCAUUGAUUCUUCAGCCUGAUGACAAACAUUGUCUGGUUGCCAGAUCCAAAUGUUAUGUAAAGAUGGGAGAUUCUGAUAAUGCAUUGAGGGACGCAGAGGCCUCUCUCAAGGAGGACAAAGAAUUCUUCAAGGGUUUGUAUCAGAAAGCGGAAGCUUUAUACACCAUGGGAGACUUUGAGUUUGCCUUGGUGUUUUACCACAGGGGGCACAAACUGCGGCCAGAGCUGCAGGAAUUUAGACUGGGAAUCCAAAAGGCCCAAGAGGCUAUCGACAACUCUGUGGGCAGCCCCUCAUCUGUGAAACUGGAAAACAAGGGGGACCUGUCCUUCUUCCACAAAGCAGAUGAGGUGAAGAAGGGACGGCCGAAGGGGCUGAUUCACCCCCUGAGAAGGGAGAUGAGGCAGCAGAACAAGAAGACGCCUAAGAGUGAGAAGACAGCAAAGCAGCUUCUGGGAGAGCUCUACAGCGAUAAGGAGUACCUAGAGAAGCUACUGAAAGAUGAAGACUUGGUGAAAGGUAAGAUGCGGGGUGGGGAGAGACUGCAGGACCUCAUCCUCAACUGCAUCACCUAUCUGGACACACGCACUGAGUUCUGGCGCCAGCAGAAGCCCAUCUACGCACGGGAGAGAGACCGCAAGCUCAUGCAGCAGAAGUGGAACAAGACCCGGCAGAACCCUCCCUCUGAUCCCACCCGUUUUGUACUCAAGAGCCUGGAAGAGAUCGAUGCAGCUUUGACUGCAGGCAAUGCAGAGAGCAGCCUGAAGAAAGCUCGGGAGGUCCUGAAGUCAGUUCAAUGCUGGUCAGAGGAGGUGGUUCCCAAUAAGAAAGAGGUGCUGGGGAACCUUCACAGCUGCAUUGGAAAUGCCCUGAUUGACCUGGGGAAAAUGGACAGAGCACUAGACAACCAUCAGAAGGACUUGGACCUGGCCAGGCAAUGCAAACUCCCAGAGGCAAAGUCAAGGGCACUUGAUAAUGUUGGCCGAGUGUACGCCAGAAUAGGAAAGUUCCCACAGGCUAUCGAUGCCUGGGAGGAAAAGAUCCCCCUGGCCUGUGGCGGUCUGGAGAGGACCUGGCUGUUCCAUGAGAUAGGCCGCUGCUACCUGGAGCUGAAGCGUCACACCGAGGCCCGGGACUACGGCGUUCGCUCACUCGCUGUAGCCGAUGAAAUCGCUGAUGAGAAGUGGCAACUGAACGCCUGUGUGUUGGUGGCACAGUCAGAGAUGAAGCUUGGCAACUUUAAAUCCGGUGUUGCCCACUUUGAAAGAGCUUUGGACAGGGCUAAGGUUCUCCAGGAUGACCCUGCGAGGGAUGCCAUCCAGAAGGCUCUCCGUGAGGCAAGGCAACGUUUAUGAGCGCUCAUCAGAAGAUGACUGAAGAGGAGCCACAGACAGAUUUUCAAAGACAAUGUAAUAAAAACGGUCUUUUAAGUAUGCUUCUCUGACCUCCACUUGAGUUUUUUGCAUACUUUUAUUUUAUUUUUUGAUUUACAUAUUUAGAAAUAGAAAAAUUGCACACGUACAAAAUGUACAUACCCCUUACAGAAUAAACUUAGGAGAUACAGCUGAGGAAAGGACUUCACUUGGGUGGGAACAAAAUUGAAUUAUCCUAUGAUGUAUUACUUUGAAAAUAUGUUAUUCAUCUACACAGGAAUUCAAUCAUUACAGCUAUGUAGUAUAAUUUGAUGUCUUCCUUUUCAUUUAUGUGUUUCCUGUAGUAUUGCAAUAAAUGCAUGUUUCCAAUGUAAUGUUUUGUAGUGUCUCAUUAAUAAAGCGUUUUGUUAAGCCUU